GGCGGCAGAGCAGCGGAUGGGUCCCAGAGGGCGGCAGAGCGGCACAGCUGCUCCGGAGCGGGCGGCAGGGCAACGCUGCUCCCUCCCACUGGGAGGAGGGCCGACCCGCACUGGAGCUGCUCUGCCGCUCGACUCCACUCACAGUGCUGGAUCUCUGAAAACACGCACAUGCAAAUCGUUGCCGACGUUCAGUUUGGAGAAAAAACUGGCGAGAGAAUAACUUAUUAAAGACUCGAGCGCGAGUAGCAGCAGUCAAGGUUGUUCACACUUAUAGUAAAGUGUGUUUUUCGACAAAGAGUUGACUAAAGGUGACUUUGAGUUGCUUGUUGUUGAAGUGUCUGGACUGGAGAGAGCCACUGAUCCUGAACCCGCUGUUAUGGCACCAACCUACAGCGAAAAUGAAUACUUUACACUAAUUUAAUGGUUUUGGUCUGCUGAUCCACUGUCCAAAACUCCAGUCUUCUCAACCUUCUAAACCACAGCAUCAACAGGGCCCUUGCGUUCCCAGAAUCUGAGCUCCACGCGACCCAAACCAACUCUGAAAACGCUCUGGAAACUUGAGAACGAAAAACCGGAAGGCAAUUCAUAAGGGCAAAAUAGAUUUUCCAUUUCUCCGGCCUUCCACAUCCAUAACCAGACGGAGCGCUGAAGUAGACGGUCUGUUGAAUUUGAUGACGUGAUUGUUGGAGAAAUACGGAUAUCUAGUUGCUUGUGGUUCACUCAGACGUCUGGCUGUCACCUACCCCGACUGAAGCAAGCACUACCAAAAGAGAGGAUUCUGGGAUAGGUUCAUGCCGCGGUUGCGCCGCUGUAUGGAGGUGUAAGGGAGGAGCAGGACUCUUGUGGGACGCUGGUGGAGUUCUGGCUGGUGGAGAUCAUGGGAAAAGAGCAGGAUCUUCUGCAAGCGGUCAAGAAUGGAGAUCUAGCUACUACACAGAAACUACUGGCCAAGGUCAAAGCCAGCAAAAGCAAGUUACUGGGCUCCACCAAGAGGCUGAACAUCAACUAUCAGGAUCCAGACGGGUUUUCAGCGUUGCAUCAUGCUGCUCUCACAGGCACUACGGAGUUGCUCUCCCUGCUGUUGGAGGCUCAGGCUGUUGUGGACAUCAAGGAUAGCAACGGGAUGCGGCCGCUGCAUUACGCAGCGUGGCAGGGUAAAGCUGACUCAGUGCUCAUGCUGCUGAGAUCAGGGGCUGCGGUUAACAACGCGUCUCAUGACGGGCAGAUUCCACUGCACCUGGCUGCUCAGUACGGACACUACGAGGUGUCUGAGAUGUUGUUGCAGCACCAGUCAAACCCAUGCGUGUUAAAUAAGGCUAAGAAGACUCCUCUGGAUCUGGCCUGUGAGUUUGGCCGAGUGAAGGUGGCUCAGCUGUUGUUGAGCAGUAAUAUGGUUGCGUCUCUGUUAGAGGGGGAUCGGAAAGAUGCUUCAGACUCAAACUGUAACACUCCUCUACACCUCGCCGCGCGCAACGGACACAAGGAUGUCAUUUGGCUUCUUCUGAAAGCGGGUAUUGACAUCAACAGAACCACUAAAGCUGGCACAGCGCUCCAUGAGGCUUCCCUCUAUGGGAAGACAGAGGUAGUGCGGCUACUCCUAGAUGCUGGGAUUGAUGUGAAUAUCCGCAACACUUACAAUCAAACAGCCCUGGAUAUCGUCAACCAGUUCACUGCAUGUCAUGCCAGCAAAGACAUCAAGCAGCUCUUACGAGAAGCUACAGGAGUUCUUCAGGUCAGAGCUCUGAAAGACUUCUGGAAUCUUCACGACCCCACGGCCCUCACUAUACGCGCCGGUGACGUCAUCACGGUGAUAGAGCAGCACGUGGACGGACGCUGGAAGGGCCACAUUCACGACACCCAGAGAGGAACAGACCGAAUCGGCUACUUCCCUCCCUCCAUAGUUGAGGUCAUCAAUCGACGCUCAGGGGGCACCCUGUUACGACACGCCUCUCUGCCCACCCAGAGGCAGCAGCUGCUCUCCAGGUCCGCCCUCAGUCCCAGCUUGAGUCUGAGUGGGGGCGGGGCCCCUCAAACCAAUGACUCCUACACUCUGUACACCCCUAACCAACACCUGGUCCUCCCUCAUGCCAACGGUCUGAGCACCAACCCAGGUGGGCCUCCCGGCAGUCUGUCCCAGCACAUAAGCCCCAGCAUGGAGGACGUGUGGGUUUUGCGGAACUCCUGCACUGCGGGGGACAGGAACAGUGUGGGCAGCACUGGCAGUGUGGGCAGCACCCGCAGCGCAGGCAGUGGCCAGAGCACAGAAAGCAACAGCGCCCCCUCUGGACCACAACAACACCAACACACCACCAACCCUGACACCAGCAAGACGGCACCCUCUGCUGUGGAUUUACUACAGCCAGACCAUAACAAACAUCCUGACGCACCUACAGGAGUUCCUCGUAGACCUGUGCUGCCCACGCAGAGGGCUGGAGAGCAGGGUUUCUCUCAGCAGUUUGUGCGUCCUCAACAGCUGCUAGAGGGCAAGGAUGCAGAGGCAAUCUAUCAGUGGCUGAGUGAGUUUCAGCUGGAGCAGUACACCUCAAACUUCCUCAAUGCUGGCUAUGAUGUGCCUACAAUCAGCAGAAUGACCCCAGAGGAUCUCACAGCUAUUGGUGUGACUAAACCAGGUCACCGUAAGAAGAUUUCCCUGGAGAUCGGCAACCUCAGCAUUCCAGAAUGGCUCCCAGAGUACAUACCACAGGAUCUUGGAGAGUGGCUGAGUGCCAUUGGCCUGCCUCAGUAUCAUAAGAAACUCUCGGAGAAUGGCUAUGACUCGAUAAACAUUGUCCGAGAUCUCACGUGGGAAGAUUUACAAGAGAUUGGCAUCACCAAACUAGGCCAUCAGAAGAAGAUGAUGCUUGCGGUCAAGAAGUUGUGUGAUGUUCAUAAGGCACUUCUGCUGGCGGAAUCAGGGCAGGGCACACUGCGGCGCAGAACCCCUGCUGCCCUGGACCUAGUCACUAUCGAGCCGCCCCCUGACAGUGGCGACCUCCCCUCACCCCACACACCCAAGAUGAUGACUUUCCAGGACAGUGAGCUGAGCACUGAGCUCCAGAGUGCCAUGUCCUCCCAAUACAGUGGCUGUCAGGAAGGACUGGCCAUCAAGAAUGCAGUGGGCAUGUCCUCCAGUCAGGAGAGCAUUGACACACGCUCUCGAGGCUCCGGCCGCUCUCAGGAGCCCCCCAGCACUCCCUCCUCCACUUCAGCCACGACCCCUUACAGCCAGUCCCGAGAGAGUUUAACGAGCCCAGACAGCAGUCCUGGUAAAGAGCGCAACAUUCCAGAAGGCCGUGACCAGGUCCCACGUCCUCAGCUACCACAGCAACUGCCAUUCAGUGCGUCCGCAGGCUUUAAAUACCCAGCGGUGCCUGCCAAACCCAAACUGGGCUCUGCUCCUUCUCCGCAAGGUUCUCCUGCUCAUAAAAGCCUCAAUUAUCCUCGUGCACAAUAUAACAGUGUCACGCUUGACCGUCGCUCUCCUAGCGUGACCAAGAAGCGCACGCAGAGUCUGUCCCGGUAUGCUUUGUCGGACGGUGAACCAGACGAAGAGGAUGAUGAUGAAGCAGCUCAGCUAGCCAGCAUAGCCAUGCCUUCAUAUGCCACACUGAGCCGCAAGCAUACCCGGGGCCAGCUGGCGCGUCUUCAGUCCGCCCCUGAGCAGUCUGUUGGCCGAAGCCACUCUUUCGCCAUUAGGGCUCGGCGUAAAGGGCCUCCUCCGCCACCACCUAAACGUCUUAGCUCCGUCAGCAGCAGCAGCACUAGUGUCGAAACUGUCUCUGACACUCCAGCGCCAGCUUCUGGAGGAGUUGAGAGUGGCAGCCCUGGGAAAGUAAAGUGCAUCGCUGCUGCAUUAGAAACAGUCCUACCUGUGCCUACAGGGGAGAUCCUUCAGGAAACCACAGUGGCUGUCUCUAGCACCAACGAAGGGUGCAAGCGCAGACCUCUGAGUCAGAGUGAACCCAACCCAGUAUCCGCCAAAGCAGAUACUGAUAGAGCAACAAAGUCUGACUCAGAGGAGGAUGAUGGGACGAAGGAUUCUGGCCUGGAGAGCUCAUCCUCGCCUCAGAACAGCUCCAGUGAGUGCAUCCCCUUUGCAGAGGAAGGCAACCUCACCAUCAAACAGAGGCCCAAAGUUGGCGGGCCACUCAAGGUGGAGACCACUUCUGAGUCUCCAGAAAAAGCCAAACCAGCCAAAACCCCUGAAGUUCCAGAGUUCAACCUGAAAGAGUCAGACACAGUGAAGAGACGGCAGAAGCCAAAGGAGAAAGAGCAGCCAUACACAGCGUCCGACAGCAGUGCAGAUGGCACACCUGUUUUAGAGACUCAGGACACGGUGAAGCUCCGCAUCAGUGAAACAGAUAUGAGUCUGCCAUGUGUAGAUCUUCCAGCCAAACCAAUGAAAGCACCUCCACCUCUUGCCCCGAAACCUCCCAGCCCCCUGAAUUCAACACGGCACACCUCUAAACCCCAUCCUGCUCCUGUAACAGCUGUUGGCUCCAGUGUCACUCUCAGUGUUGUACAGAGUGUUGCCUUUGCAGCACCUCAGUCUCCAGUGCCAUACUCCCCCUCAGCAGAGAACACAAGUCAAAGUGUGAUUUCAGGAAGGCCCCAGGCUCUGGUGGAAGGUGGUCAAGGGUCAACACUGAAGCAUCAGAAGCUGGAGAAGACCAGCUCAUCCCUGGAGGAAGCACUGAAGGCUGUGGAGAGAAAACUAACUCUUGAGAACAACAACGUGGGCACUUCUCACAUAGUGAAGUCUGCAGGGAACAUUCUGGAUGACAUUGGGAACAUGUUUGAUGACCUGGCCGAUCAGUUGGAUGCUAUGCUGGAUUAAAAAUUCUCCUCAAUGGAGCUGUUUGGGUUUUUUUUUUGUGAUGGCCCAGAAACAGGACGGUAGAGAUCUACAUAUAGAAGCAUGGUUUCUUCUGCCUUAUAUUUCAGAUGGAGAGCAGAGAAGAACUCUUGAACACAAAAGUGGGAUCCUCCAUUUUCAAAGACCACACAGACAUUUUUGGACCACAGCCUCCUGACUAAUGUCAGUCUACGUGUCAUUUGUACUUGUUUGUUUAUAUUCCAUUGUCUAAUCAACCAGCAUAUAAUUGUUUUUGUGUUUUGCAUUUUGUCCUGUUGUUAGUCUUUUUGGGGCUGAACUGUGGACUUGAUUAAGUGUGACCCCAAUGGACUUUUUAUGAUGGACCCAGACAGAAGAAAUGCACUUAGGAGAAUCAUUCCUAACCAAUAUACAUUUCAAAACACUACACUGAUCAAAACAUUUCUAGAAAGACUAAAGAGACAGUUCACCACAAAGUGACAAUUCUGUGUAACACAAAAGCAUAACAUUUUGAAUACAUUUUAUGCAGCCUUUAUGAAUAUCAACGUGCUGUCAAGACAAAAUUACAGAAUUUUAAUUUUUUGAGUGAACUGUUCCUUUAAUAUUACUAUACUUUUCUAAAAAAUCUUGUUUUGUAAGAAGCACAUGUGUCUUUUAUCCAUUUCAGCAAGUAAAGCAGGUAUCCAUUUCCUAGCCUUUGGAAGGUUUGGUGCUUGUAUUAUUUUUUUCUUAAUGACAUUGCAGAUUUGAAUUGCAGGUUAAAAUACAUGACUGACAUUUAUUUUUGUAUGAAAGUGUGGUUUUAAAGGGAACAUGUUGAAAUGAAAACAGUAACACUGCCUUAUGUAACUAGAACAGGAUCAAUGUACAGCAAGCAAUUCAGGUUUAAGUUACCUUGAACUAUUUUUGAACAUCUUUAAACUUAUAUUAGUCCAAAUAGUAUUUAAACUUUAUCAAAAUAUGUAUAUUGUACACUAAAGGUAUAUUUGAUUGGGAAGCAAACCUGUUUGUUUUACCAAAGUAUAUGUAUAUUUUUAUUCAAAUGUUGGAUAACGCUAAUGCUAACAGACUUAUCUUGCAGCUAAACUAAUGAAAGUUAACCCAGUGGCAUUUCCCCUGAAGUUGCACAUAAUUUGACAUGAUGUAUCUGAUGUGAAAUAUUUCCACACAGUUCUUGUGUGCCAUACGUCUAAAUGGAUGUUGCAUUCGGGUUCUGUCUCCCAAUUAACCAAGAUGUAAUUAAUGGUAUUUGUUUAACUGAAGGCCGUUUUAACAUUUAACCAAGUUUUAGAAUUGCUUUUUUAAGGCCCGUUCACACCAAGGACUAUAACUAUAAAUUAUCUUUAAAUUAUCGUUCCAAUUCUAUGAGAAUAGUGACCACAGCUAUAAUGAUAACAACACAGAGGAACGAUAUUGUUGGAAUCACUUUCAGAACGUUUUUUGUUUUCCAGCUGAUGAACGAUAAAAACACUAAUAGCCAAUCAGAAUCCACCCGACUUUAAAGAGCUUGAGAAUUUUAAAGGGUAGAAUACAUAACUGCAGUAAACAGAAUGUUAUCGUCCGCUGUUGUGGAUGCGAAUAUGGUUAUUAUAGUUUUAGUCCUUGGUAUGAAUGACCUUACUUAUGUUAAUGCUAUAUACUAGUGAUGUUUUUGAUUAGAUAAACAUACCACACUGAUAUGGUUGUUCAGUACCAAGCCUGUCUUUGUUCUAAUUUGUUAACAUUUUCUAUUAAAUGAUUUAGCUGUUUUGUUCA